GCGACUUUCCUGACAGCUGAGCUUCGGCUGCUUUCACUUUCAUUUACUGAGAAGUGCUGAAAACAUCGACGGAAGAACACUGUCACAAUGUCUGACGACUAUUUGAACGAAAUUCAGGAAAUGGAUGUUGACCAGAUACCUGAUGAUUUUUACUCCUUUAAUACAAAACUCCAAAUACCUGACACCAGUGGACUUGUCUCCAAAGGACCUGACUCCAAUAGAGCGGAGUCCAACGGACCAGACUCCAAAAGACCUGACUCAAAAGGGCCCAGCUCUAAAGAACCUGGCCUUCAAGAACCUCAAUCUCAGGCUUCUCCAGAGCACCAGAGUCAGGUACUUCUAACUCUGUCAUUAGACUGGGCGGAAAAAGAGAAACCAGCAAAGAAAAAGAGAUUCCUUGAAAUAUCUCUUCAAUCUUGGUUCAACAAAAGAAAGAUUACAACUGAUUGCUCAGUUAAAGAUCUACUGUCAGAUGGGCGUGUUGUGGUUCAGCUUAAACCUCCUCCAGUUGCCAAUGAACUUCAGAAACUACAGGGUGAAACAUUAAUGAAAGAUGGGACAGAAGUCACCAUUCUUUCAGUCAGUUUUGGAGCACCGAAGAUGGAUGCACAAACUGCAGAUGGUGCUUCAGCAAAUACUGCUCCUCCAGCAGCUUUAAAAAGCUCCAAACCUUCAGUGUCAGAGCAGACAGUGGUGCAGAUGCAGUUUGAAGAACAAAUGGAUGUGGGAAGAAAUGCUCCUAGAAACCAUAGAAAGAAAUCUAUGGAAUGUGUUGUCCCACCGGCUCAUUACUGGUAUGUGAGCCAGAUCUACAAAGAUGAAAUCAGACACAUAGAGAAAGAAACUAAAGUUAGCAUAAUGCCAACUGUCACUGUGACAUUUCACACUGAACAUGAAGGUGGGAAUCCAAGUAAGGCUCUCAACAGGUUUGCAGAUCUUCUCCAAAAGUGUUUGUCUGAUUCCUCUUCCUCAGUUACUCCUCUGAAGUCUGUAGAUCCUAAUCGGUGGGGUGAUGCACUGAAAGUCAUUAAUAACAAUGACAGCAAGCUUUUAGUCACUAUGUCCUCUGAGGAAAUUACUGUCUGUGGGCCACAGCUUUGUCAAAAUUUUCUCAGUUCAACUUUAAAUGCAACACAGAAAUUCAACUCUCCUGAAGAGACAUCUAGGUCAGCUGGAGCUCAAAACUUCAACGAAGAGCUCCGCCUGAAAAUCAAAAUGACAAUCAAAGAUAAUCUGACCGAUACAGGACUAACCAUAGCUGAGAACUCAUGGGAACGCUUGAUCUCUUCCUAUGCUAAAGAACUUGCAAAAAUCAAAGCUAAGUUCAAUGUGGACUUUAAAGAGUCCAUCAGUGGGGGCAAAGUUAAUGUCAAAGCGUUCUACAAGAGACCUGGAGGAAACCCAGCCAUGGAGAGCCAUGCUGUCAGAGCUCUGCUGCGUCUGUACCAGAAGAUUAUGAUGUCACCCAUGAAGCAGCCUCCACCUUAUGGUGCCACUGGGCUCAGUGGUUCUGAAGAGGCUUCCAGCAGAGCUAGAAUGAACGGUCAUUCAACACAGAACAGCAAAGAAUCAGCUAGAGGGGGCGCUACAGAUGACAGAAAAGAUGACCAAUGCUGUAUAUGCAUGUCUGAAUUUACUAAUAAGGAACAGCUGAAGUGUAAGCAUGCAUUCUGCAAAGACUGCCUGCAAAGGGCAGUGCAGCACAGUGGACCAAUCUGUCCUAUAUGCAAAGAUGUGUUUGGUGUGGUGAAGGGAAACCAACCUGAUGGAAAAAUGAGUUGGAAAAAACAUUACCAUGCAGACCUCCCUGGAUUCCCAGGCUGUGGCUACAUAGAGAUCAGCUACUAUAUCCCUGGUGGAUUACAGACGGAAAAUCAUCCCAAGCCUGGACAGUACUAUGCAGCAACCACUAGAACAGCAUAUCUUCCAAACAACAAAGAGGGGAAUGAAGUUCUGCACCUGCUGGAAAAAGCCUUUGAGCAGAAGCUGAUUUUCACUGUUGGAGAGUCUAGGACAACUGGGAUGGAGAACGCAGUGACCUGGAAUGACAUCCAUCACAAGACAUCCAUGACAGGAGGACCACAGGGUUUUGGAUAUCCUGAUGAGACCUACCUGAGCAGAGUCAAGGAGGAGCUGAAAGCUAAAGGCAUUAAGUGAAAUCUUUAUUCUACAUUAACUGAUUACAUUUUGAAUAUAUUAAUGUCUUCACAGUCUGAUAAAUACAUUAUAAAAA